UCGCCGCCCCGCCCUGUCCCCUUCCCCUUCCUCCUUGCCCCCAUCCGCACAUAACAUUCCCCCUCCUCCUCUCCCCGAUUGUCCGAUUGAUCGACAGCGACCCCCUCCUCCCUAUCAGCCACAAUGUGGUAGCAACUCCGCUCUAGUUUAAACCUCCGCCGCCCCCGCCUCCUCCUCCCUCGCGCGCCCCCGACUGAUCGUCAUCAACCGGAGUUGAUGAGCUAGAAGAAUCAAAAUUGGGUUCUUUUUUUUUUUUGUUUGCCCCCCUCUUUUCUUUCGUCGCCGGAAAUCGCCGGGUCGUCUACGCCGCCGCCCCGCCGGCAGCUUCCGGGAUCGUUCGCCGCCGCCGACGGUUGUCCCGGUUUAUAUCUCAUUUGACUGUUCAGCGAAGUCGUUAAGGGCUGCUUAAUAAGCUACGAGAGUCUGUCACCGCAAAUUGGCACACAGCGGAGUUCAGGUGGAAAUAAAAUUCUCUACCGUGGAAGUUUCUUCACAUUUCCAUCACCAGAGGCUAGGAACGAAAAAAUCAAGAAAGGCUUUCAUAAACGGCAGACACUGUCAACAUGGAAACAUACACCACGGAUGAAGCGCUUGAACAUAUGGGGUUUGGGAAAUUCCAAGUACUUGUGCUUGUAUACGCUGGCAUGGGUUGGGCUGUAGAGGCCAUGGAAAUUAUGCUAUUGUCAUUUGUUGGACCCUUGGUGCGGGAGGAGUGGAACGUUUCUGCAGAAAAUGAGAGUCUGCUCUCAAGUGUAGUGUUUGCUGGUAUGCUAAUAGGAGCUUCUGGUUGGGGCUUUGUUUCUGACAAAUAUGGAAGAAGGACUGGCUUACUAUUUUCAAUAAUGUUUACCAGUGGAAUGGGUUUGCUAAGUGCUCUCUCUCCUAAUUAUCCAUGCUUGCUGGCUCUACGCUUUCUUGUUGGCAUAGGAGUGGGCGGUGGGCAUGUGUUUACAUCUUGGUUUUUGGAGUUUGUUCCUGCACAAAAUCGCGGCACUUGGAUGAUUGUUUUUUCCUUUUUCUGGACUAUUGGCACAGUCUUGGAGGCUUCACUUGCAUGGGUUGUUAUAUCGGUAUUGAGUUGGAGGUGGCUGCUAGCAUUGACUGCACUUCCAUGCUUUGUCUUGAUUCCAUUCUUCGGAACUACACCUGAGUCACCACGUUAUUUGUGUGCGCAAAAUAGAACAUCUGAUGCAACUCUUGUCCUGGAGAGAAUUGCUUUCACAAACCAAUCAACUCUUCCUCCUGGAGUUCUCACAUACCAUCAGGAAAUAAAGGUUGACCACAGUGGUCUUACUUCUGAGAAAGAAGAUCUUCUUCCCGUCAGUGAGAAGGAAUGCACAUUUGACAAUGACGUGAGCUCCAAAAAUGGUGGUGGCAUUUCUUCAUUGCUUAGGCUAUUGUCUCGCAAAUUGUUAAGAUCAACUCUUCUUCUUUGGUUUGCUUUCUUCGCAAAUUCAUUUGCUUAUUAUGGGAUAGUAUUGUUGACUACACAACUAAGUGAUGCAAAUAGAAGCUGCACAUCUGGGCAAACAAAUGUAGGGCAACAAGAAAAUGUCAACCUCUACAAAGAUACAUUCAUUACUAGUUUAGCAGAGGUCCCUGGCCUGAUUUUAUCUGCUAUUAUUGUUGAUUGGUUUGGUCGCAAAGCUUCAAUGUGGUUCAUGUUAUUCAUGUGCUGUGUUUUCAUUGGACCACUUGUGCUUCAGCAGAAUGAGUUGUUGACAACUGUUCUUCUAUUUGGUGCUCGUGCUGUUGUCAUGGGUAGCUUCACUGUUUUAUCUUUAUAUGCCCCAGAGGUUUAUCCAACAUCUGUACGCUCAACUGGUGCUGGAAUCGCUACCGCUAUUGGCAGAAUCGGUGGGGUUGUUUGCCCUCUUGUUGCCGUCGGCUUGCUGAGAAGCUGCCAUCAGAUGGAAGCCAUCCUUGUUUUUGAGCUGGUUUUACUAUUUGCUGGAGUUGCUUGCUUUCUCUUCCCCAUAGAGACCAAGGGACGGGGAAUGGAUUGAUGCUCAUGGUAUAAUUCUUUAAAAAAGAAAGAUAUUCAAAUAGGUUUGUAGUUCAUCACAAUUCAUCAGAUUUAGCAUUAGUGUAUAGGUACCAUUACAUAUGUAGACUUCAGUGUAUACAUACCAUUACAAAAUACAUAUGUAUACCAUUAGUGUAUACACCUUUUAUAGUUGUAAAGUUCCUCAAAUAUGUGGACUUUCCAACCCUGUGGAAUAUUUAUCUUUUGGAAUCCAAACUCCAGGCUGCUAAGCAGGCCGGACUGUAAAAUGGAUAUUGUAUACAACAUUUAAUUAUUCACUAUUGAUGUUUGUAGGCA